AGGGCAAGGGCAGCAAAGGGCGUUCUGGAUCCACAUUUCAUCCCCCUUUCUCAUCUCUUCAUCACAUCACAUCUCCCCCUCUCCUCUCAUCAUGACAGAAAAAUACGUGCCUUCGCCCGAGGCAGCCGAACAGGGCCUUUAUGUCGCAUACGCAGCCCUCAGCACGAUGGCCGUCGUGCCCAUUUACUUUGGAUCGUUCGGAUCACUCAAGAAGUGGAAGAACCCCAAGGACAAAUCAAAAAAGAAGAAGCCAGAGGAUUCUGACGACUCUGACGAUGAGGACGAGGCUUCUGAAUCAAUGUCGUUAGAGGACGCAUACAUGUUCCCCAUCUUUGGAUCAAUCACGCUCUUUGGCCUGUAUCUGGUCUUCAGAUACGUGGACAAGACCUACGUCAACUACCUCCUCACUGCCUAUUUCGGACUCUUGGGUGUCAUGGCUACGACUCAGGUCGGUGUCAACUGUGUGGCGCCAAUUGUGAAGCUGUGUGGAAUCGAUGUUGACAAGUGGCAUUUGACCCUUACCAAGAAGAAGAAGGAACUCUACUCGGCCAAGUUCACCAUUCUCCACUUGAUUUUGACGGUCGUUUCAGUUCUCCUGUCAGGAUACUAUGUCGCCACCAAGAACUGGAUCGCCUCCAACAUUUUCGGUAUCUGCUUUGCACUGAACGCCAUUCAGUUGCUCUCCCUGGACUCGUUCAAGACUGGAAUGAUUCUGUUGAGCGGUCUCUUCGUGUACGACAUCUUCUGGGUCUUUGGCACGGAGGUCAUGGUUUCGGUCGCCAAGAACUUUGAUGCUCCUGUCAAGGUCAUCUUCCCUCGCCUUUUCUUCGGACUGCCUGCUGGUCAGCCUUAUCAGUUUGCUAUGCUUGGAUUGGGCGACAUCGUGAUCCCUGGUGUCUUUGUGGCUCUCUGCUUGCGCUUCGAUCAGCACUUGACUGGUACCAAGAAUCCUAACCUUGGACGCUCGACUCGCUUCUCUAAGCCAUAUUUCACCGCCUGCUUUAUCGCCUACGCCCUUGGAUUGGGUACCACGAUCUAUGUCAUGCACACGUUCAAGGCUGCUCAGCCUGCCUUACUUUACCUCUCGCCUGCAUGCAUCUUGAGCGUGCUCAUCAUGGGACUUGCCCGAGGCGAGAUCAAGGAGGUGUUCGCAUACACAUCGGAAGAAGGCGCUGAGGCUGAAAAGGCCAAGAAGGCCGAGGAAUUGAAGAAGAAGGAGGACAAGAAGAGUAAGAACAAGAAGGACGCUUCUGAGUCUGAAAAGAAGAUCGAGGACAAGGACGUGCCAGUGAAGCCCUCGAGCAGUGACUCUGACCAGGAGACGCCCAAAGCCCGCAAGCGCAAGGGCGGCAAGACGCAAAAGAAGAAGUAACGUGAUUGUUUUGUGGCCCUGUUGCUGGUCCGUGUGAGACAAUAAACGAUUCGAUAGAUUUGUAUCAGCAUUAAG